AUUUUCUACGCGCUGUCUAGUGCACUAUGUAUUGGGAAGUGAUCAAUUUAAGAUUCAGCCGCUGUCAAACACAUUUGACUACUUCCUGGUUUGGGAUUAGUGGUGAGAGGUGGGAAAUAGCUGGUGAAUUGGGAGCAGUUUACAUUCAUUCAGUUGCUUUAAGUGAUCUGUUUAUAAUCCCAGCGGAUAAGCCUUAUGUCCGAUAACAUCGAGGGUGCACCAUGCCGAGCACCCUCCUUUGGGCUGUAGAUGUGUAUGGGAGGGUUUAUAGCCUUUCGACAGCAGGUCAGCAGUGGGAACAGUGCCGCGAUGCCCAGCUGGAGUUCAAACGAGUCACAGCUGCGCUCCAGUGUUGCUGGGGCAUUGCCUGUGAUCACAACAUCUACCUGUGCGUCCACGCCAGCGAGGUGCCAAUCCGCGUCCGCGAGGAGACCUAUGAAAAUCAGCGCUGGAACCCGGUGGACGGUUUCUCAGACCGCUUGUUACCGAGUGACCGCUGGCAGUGGAGUGAUGUGACAGGGCUGCAGCAUCAGCCACUGGACAGCUUCCAGCCUCUGUCGGAGAACUGGGAGUGGGAGACUGACUGGUACGUGGAUGAGAAUUUUGGAGGAGAGCCCACGGAGAAAGAAGGUUGGACAUAUGCUAUUGAUUUUCCGGCCACUUACACUAAAGACAAGAAGUGGAACUCGUGCGUACGCCGCCGCCAAUGGGUACGCUACAGGAGGUACAAGUCACAAGACACCUGGGCUAAGAUCCCUUCAGAGCAGAUGGGAUCCCUGCCAGACCCAUUCAAUGAUAUAAGCUGCGGUGGUUGGGAUAUCACAGAGGAGCCCAGAGGACGCAUUUCUCUUUGGGCUGUCUCUCUGCAGGGGAGGGUGUGGUUCCGGGAUGGCAUCAACCACUUUAACCCUGAAGGCACAGUGUGGGAAGAAGUGCAGACUCCAGGCGAGGUGGUGCAGAUUAGUUGUGGGCCGGCGGACCUUCUAUGGGGGGUGCUGUGGGAGGGACAGUUCCUGGUCAGAGAAGGCAUUAGUAGAGACUGCCCUACAGGCACCACAUGGGUAGUAGUAGAAUCACCGAGCCCGGAAUUUGGAGCGAUACAUGUCGCAGUUGGCGUCAAUGUGGUGUGGGCUGUGACAAAAGAUCGUAAAGUCUGGUUUAGGCGUGGUGUGAAUUCCCACAAUCCGUGUGGCUCUGGCUGGAUCGGGAUGGUUGGGGAGAUGGUGAUGAUUAAUGUGGGCCUCAAUGACCAGGUUUGGGGUAUUAGCUGUGAGGACCGGGUGGUGCAUUUCCGCCAGGGUGUGACUGUCAGUGAGCUGAGUGGGAAAGCCUGGAAGCCUCUGUCUAUGCCCAGAGACACUGAGCGCUCUCACUCCAGCGCUAGUGCUAGUAGCCUGCAGAGUGCUGGGUGUUUUUUUGGGGGUGAGGUGCGCCUGCAGGCUCAGGCCUCCGUCCUGAGUGAUGUGGACUCUGAAACAGAGAAAGCAGCAGCAGCAGCAGAAGUAGUGACGCCCUGCACUGAGGGUGAUCAGGCUACUAAAAAACGAAUCCCCAAAGUGACCAGCGACAGUUUCAUCUCAGAGCUGGUGUCUGAUCGUGAAGGUCAAAUUGGGCAGCGCACACUCACACAGGCUACGUCUAUUCCUGAGGAGGAGUGUGCAGAGGGAGAUACAGAUGGGAAGGACAAUGCUGCCACGGAUGUGCUGCCUUCUUCUAGCCAAUUAGGACAGCUGGAUCCCCAAUGGAGCAACGUGGACCUGGAGGAGGCUCAGACACACCUGACCGUGGGAAGUGGUGGGGAUGCUGCUGAAACCAGCAGCCUGUCAUCUGUAGCCACCUACAAUCUGGGCAUUGAGGAUCCAUACGGACCUGAUGAUCGCCCCCUGUGGGCCUGGGUUAGUGGUGGAGGCUGCUUUAUUGGCUCCCACACCCAAAUCUCUUGGUUCAACUCUACAGGUCUGGCCUCCUCUGUGCAGGCCAUGACGCUCUCCAUCACACCGGCGCAGACCGCAGCCUGGCGCAAGCAGAUCUUUGAACAGCUGAGCGAGAGGUCCAAGAGAGAGAUGGAAAACUUCAGACAUUAUGAACAGGCCAUAGAGCAGUCUGUUUGGGUGAAAAAGGGAUCCAUGCAGUGGUGGAGGGACUGGAAGCCUCAUAAGUGGCUGGAUGUGCAGUUUGCGCUGGAGCUAUUCUCAGGAGCUGAGGGCAACAAGGAUGGCAUCCUGUUCAUAUACUACACCUUUAAUGAUGAAAAGAAGUACCUACAUGCAUUUAUUAACGAAGUCACCAUCCUAGUGCACGUGCUGAAUGACUCAAAGCACACAUUUGCCAUCUACACACCGGAAAGGACUAAGCAGAGAUGGCCUAUUCGCCUUGCGGCUGCAACUGAGCUGGAGAUGUACGACUGGCUGGCCUUGCUCAACAUGUCCUGCUGUGAUUCCCGUGGCAUCCAGGGUCCACCUUCCAAACAAGCCAUCUGGUCUACUACCUGCAAAGGAGACAUUUUUGUCAGUGAACCCACACCAGGGUUGGAGGCCUCUCCUUAUCCUACACCCUGUGACCAAAUGUUCUGGCGCCAAGUUGGAGGACACCUGAGAAUUGUGGAGUGUAACAGUCUAGGAGUGGUGUGGGGAAUCGGCUAUGACCACACAGCAUGGGCAUACACGGGCGGCUAUGGGGGAGGCUUCUUUCAGGGCCUUGCUAGCAGCACAGACAACAUCUACACACAGACCGAUGUAAAGAGUGUGUAUAUUUAUGAGAACCAGCGCUGGAAUCCUGUGACUGGCUACACAAACAAGGGGCUCCCUACUGAUCGCUACAUGUGGAGUGAUGCUUCAGGCCUCCAAGAGUGUACCAAGGCCAACACUAAACCCCCCUCUCCUCAUUGGACAUGGGUGUCAGACUGGGUCAUCGACUAUGGUGUAACUGGAGGAACAGACAAAGAGGGCUGGCAGUAUGCAGCAGAUUUUCCAGCGUCAUACCACAGUCAUAAAACCUUAAAGGACUUUGUCCGUCGCAGACGUUGGGCCAGGAAGUGUAAACUCACUACAACAGGGCCAUGGCAGGAAGUCCCACCCAUUCCCCUAAGUGAUGUUACAAUUAUGCCGUCUGGCCCGAAAACCGCAGUGGAGCAGGUGCCUUUGUGGGCCAUUAGCAACAAGGGAGAUGUGCUUUGUCGUUUAGGGGUCUCUUCACUCACACCUGCUGGAACAUCAUGGCUCCAUGUAGGAACGGACCAGCCUUUUAAGUCUAUCUCCAUUGGAGGGGUGUAUCAGGUGUGGGCUAUUGCCAAAGAUGGCUCGGCAUUCUACAGAGGAGCUGUGUCUUCUCAAAACCCUGCAGGAGACUGCUGGUACCAUAUACCCUCUCCAGCUACACAAAAACUCAAACAGCUGUCGGUGGGCAGGACAUCAGUCUGUGCAGUAGAUGAAAAUGGAAACUUGUGGUAUCGGCAUGGUGUGACGCCCAGCUACCCUCAGGGUUCAUCAUGGGAUCACAUCUCAAAUAAUGUGCGCAAAGUGUCUGUGGGGCCACUUGACCAGGUGUGGAUCAUUGCUGAUAAGGUGCAGGGCAGCCACAGUCUGAGCUGUGGUACUGUUUGCCGCAGGCUGGGGGUUCAGCCACUGGAGCCUAAAGGACAGUCGUGGGAUUACGGCAUCGGGGGUGGUUGGGACCAUAUUACAGUGAGAGGCAAUGCUUUGGAGGCACCACGUAUCCGCAUGCCAUCACUGACUGACCGCAGGAACAGCAGCGGCGUGCAGACGCCAGAAAUGAACGGCAACACAGUGGGAUGUUAACACCAUUUAGCAACCAUUUGCUUUUCCAUCCCUUUUUGUACUCCGUAGCCCUGCUGUAGCAGCCCGUCCUUUUCCUUCUAGCCUUAAUGUUAAUGUGUGGUGGAAUCGACACUUAUGCUCAAAAGCUUCUGACUCUCUUUCAAGCCUUUACCCCUCAGCAUCGACACACUUAAUUGGAUCCUUUCUUCAUACCAAAAGAAAGCGUUCCCAAGUCAUCACAUUGGUUAGAAUAUUUCUAAAAAUGUUUAACCAUAGACUUUUUACAGUUGUUUUGUAUAGUAGGUCUUAAUUGUAUUUUAUUUAUUUAUUUAUUUAUUUGUCUGUGGUUACAUGUGUUUAGUCUAUGUUGCUUUUUUUGUUGUUUUGUUUCUUUAUUUGAUUUUAUUAGCAAAUAAUACAGUGUGUUCAGAGCUUGGCGUAGACAAGGUAAAGACAUCACAAGCAAAGCACAGACAAGGCCGUUUUACCAGCAUGGAAAGAAUCUUUGAAGAGAAAAAAGGUGAUAGAGAUCAGACCUAUAGCAUAAGUUUAUUGACUACUGGCAACGCAUUCUUUUUCCUACUAAGCACUUAACAUUAAAACCGGAGUAAGAUCCUGUUCUUGAGAAGCUUAAAGAGGAUGUAUCAGCUGGCUACUAUGAAAAACAAUCAUUGUACAUUCAGCUGGCUGUUAUCUGUAAGCUCACAGUAGUGGUGUCAAAACUUGUGCAAUAAUUAACAUUUCGACAAUUUUCUUUCUUUUCUCAGGAAUACCCAAGCUCUUACAAUUCAGAGGAUAUGUUUUAUCACAAUGAAUGACGGAGGACUAAACUAGCUGUAUUGUUCUAAAGGCAGCACAAAUGAGAUCUUGGAGAAUAUAAAUUAUUUUCUUUCUUCAUGUUCAGUACUACAGUAUGAUCAUUGUCAUUUUGAUGAGACUUUUAUGCCUGUGGGUAAAAUAUGGCUUUCUCUUGAGCAUGGUUUUAGGGCAUUAUGUGUGGAUAGGAAUAAAUAAAAUCAUUAAAUAUAGAGACACAAAAAAAAUAAAACAAUAAUGUGAAUGCUGUUGCUGGUAAAAUGUCGAUAAAUAGAAAAGGUUUGUACAGUUUGCACCAUAUUUCUGUUUACAUUCCUUACUGAAAUAUGUGAUGGGCUUUGAAGAUUUUGAACUCUGGAAAUAUAUGGAACGGUGAACUGUUAAAAGCUAAAAUUAUGGUGUAAUAAAAUACGUGAAGUUGUUAGGUAUAUUAAAACACUCCCCAGUGUUAAUGUAUGCAUGACAUGUUCCCUUCCAAUAAAUGUGACUCCAAAUUA